GCGAAACUUACUCCUCCCACCCAACCUCCCCACCGCCUCUCUCACGUGCGCAAAGAUGUCUGAACCGUCAGACGAAUCCACGCGACCGGCGAAACGCGCGCGCCUCGACGAUAAUGCCGCUCCCUCGCUCUCCACCACUACCACAGCAGUUCCGCAGACAGCUCCGAUUCCCUCAGCGCCAGCAUCCAUUGACACGGAUCUGGAGCGGGAAGUACGCGCCGGUAUAACCGAAUAUGUAUGCCCGGAUAACCUGGGCUUCACCGGUGUGUUGAAGCAGAGGUAUACGGAUUUCUUGGUCAAUGAGAUUGGGUUGGAUGGAAAGGUGUUGCAUUUGAAGAGCACGGAUGUGGAGGAUAAGAAGAAGGCUGGGAAAGAGAAUGUGGAGAAGGCGAAUGGUGCGGGUGAAAAGAAGCCUGAGAGUGCAGUAGCGACUGAGAAGGCCGAUGCUGUGAUGCAGGAUGCGGGAGUUGCUGGUGAGACCACGCUUGCGGUACCGGAACCCGUGAAGGUUGAAGAUGGACCGAAGGAGUCUGAGAAUGAUGGGGAGGAGAUUAUUGGGAAACCACCGGUAGCUCAGGAAGAGCCUGAAGAACAGUUGCCGGAAGAAGAUCGCAAUACCUUACAUUCGAUAUUCGGCGAACAGACUACCGACGAGAUCGUAAAACUUGUCAGACAAGUACGGAGAAAAGAAUCGCGAAAGGCAAAAGACUUCAAAGCCGUCAUAUCAUCGCCCAUAACCGACAAGGACAAGCGCACCCAAGCCCAUCAGAGUCUACGUCGGAUCUUCCCCAACCUCCUCGAGAGUGCAAUGGAGGAGAAUCAGACUAUCCGUAUCAAGGCCACUCCACCAGCGGAGCGCAAAAAGAAGAAGGGCAAGGGCGGCGCAAAGGAUCGCGAGAACCAGGGAGGACGCCGAGGAGGUCAAGAUUGGGAGGAGCUUGGUGGAGAGUACUUGCACUUCAACCUGUACAAGGAAAAUAAAGACACAAUGGAAGUUGUAGGUUUCCUAGGAAGCAAGCUCAACUGCGGUGCCAAGGGCUUCGGCUUCGCAGGCACAAAAGAUAGACGAGCCUGCACCGUCCAAAGAGUCUGCGUCAAGCGCCAACUAGCCCAGCGCAUUCAGAACUUCAACAAGAUCCUGUUCAAUGCCGCAGUAGGAGACUUUGAGUACCGCCACAACGACCUGAAGCUAGGAGACCUGAUGGGCAACGAGUUCACCAUCACCCUCCGAGACUGCCAUUUCCAGAGCGAGGAAGGACUAGACUUUGCCCAACGCCGCCAACUCGCACACGACGUAGUCAGCAAAGCCAUCACCGACUUCUCCCAAAAAGGCUUCAUCAACUACUACGGCCUCCAACGCUUCGGCUCUUUCGCCGCAAGUACCGACGCCAUUGGCCGCAAGAUGCUACAAGACGACCUCAAAGGCGCGGUGGAAGACCUCCUCGCAUACAGCGAUACGGCCCUCGCCUCCGCACUCAACCCUUCCGACUCCACCACCCUAGUCUCCCAAGAUGACCGCAACCGCGCGCACGCCCUGCACAUCUGGAAAGAAAAAGGCUCCGGCACCGAAGCCCUCGACUUCCUCCCGAGGAAAUUCACCGCAGAACGAAAUAUAAUCCAGCAUCUAAGUUCGCGCAACAGUAAAUCAGGGCGCUACGACCGUAAGACAGAUUGGCAGGGCGCGCUCAUGACGAUACCCCGGACGCUGCGCCUGAUGUACGUGCACGCCUACCAGUCCCUCGUGUGGAACAGCGUAGCAGGCAAACGGUGGGCUACCCACGGCGAUAAAGUCGUCGCCGGCGACCUCGUCCUCGUAAACGAACACCGCGACAAAGAAGAAGGCAGUACAGCAACAAUGCCCAAAGCGACGCACGAUCAAGACGGCGAACCCAUCAUCAACCCCUCCGGCGACGACUCCAGCCUCGCUCCUGAAGCGGAUUUCGAACGCGCCCGUCCCCUUACUGCUGAUGAAGCUGCGUCUGGUAAAUACAGUAUCUGGGACGUUGUUCUCCCGCAACCGGGAUUCGAUGUCGAGUACCCGGCCAACGAGAUUGGUGAGUAUUACAAGACGUUCAUGGGUAGUGAGAAGGGUGGGGGCUUGGAUCCAUAUAAUAUGCGCAGGAGUUGGAGGGAGGUUAGUUUGAGUGGCGGGUAUAGGAAGUUUUUGGCGAGGCCAUUACGACCGCUUGAAUUCGAAGUACAUGAAUACAAGAAGGUGGAUGAGCAGUUUGUGCAGACGGAUUUGCAGAGGUUGGGGAGGGAGAGGGAUGUUGGGAAGAAAGAUGGGGGUAAAGAGGAUGAGAAGAAGGAAGAUGAAGCAGACGCGCAGAUGGAGGAUGGAGAGGAAAAGGAGGACGUGGCUGAAGAGGAGGAAAAGAUCGCUGUUGUGAUCAAGCUCCAGUUGGCGAGUAGCCAGUAUGCUACGAUGGCGCUGAGGGAGCUGAUGAAGGCGGGAGGUGUUAAGGCGUUUAAACCGGAGUUUAUGGGUGGGAGAUAGGUGAUGACGAAAGGGACGGAAACGGCCAAGGAAGUCACGAUUAUAUGUAUAAAAGAUAGGCAAGGGAAAAUAACAUAGUGGAAUAUGAUAUGUGGACAGAAACCGUGCCUUGUCCAUCAUUGAUCCAACGGGAUAUGAGCAU